GCCACACCUGAUGUGUGCACUGCAGCAUGGUGAAAGACAGGAUAAAAGAUCUCAAAUCUGUUCAACAAGGCAAGGAUUAUGGCACAGUCAUUGUGCACAUUGAUGACAAGAUCCAACAUGUGGAUGCUUUCCUCGAAAAGGUGUCUCAGAUUCAGAAGCUAAUAGAAAACAUCAAAACAAAGAUUGAUGAGCUUAAAAAUAUACAGAAGGAGCUUUUAGGUAUUCCAAAGGAUCAAGCAAAGCUAAGGCAGGAUAUGGAUGCUUGUACCGCUUCAAUUCAGAGAAUGAUAACCCUGACAAAUGCUAGACUGAAAGAAAUGGAAGAAGAUAUAAAGAAAGAUCAAACUGAAGAUUCUAAGCCCAAGUCAGUUGUCUUGAGAAAUAUAGAAAAGGUUCAAUACUCAUCUUUAGUGCAUAUGUUUUCUGCUGUAUAUGAAAGCUAUGCUAUCCUGAUAUCAAAUUAUAAGGACAAAUCUGCUGCUCUGCUUAAGCAACAACUGAGGAUAAAGAAUGUUAUAGUUCCACAUGAAGAAUUAGAGGAAUUGCUGGCAGAAGAAAAUCCAGCAUUAUUUUCAAACAAUAUUUUAGCUCUUACUGCUGAAGCAAAGAUGGCAAUAGAUCCUUUGCAGUCAAGGCAUAGAGAGCUUCUCAAGAUUGAGAAAUCUGUCCGUGAGAUGAGGGAUCAGUUUGUUGAACUUGGAACACUGAUUGAGAGGCAGGGUGCAACUAUUGACUGUAUUGAAUACUUUGUGUUGCAUGCGGAGGACAAUACUGAGAACGCAAAGCGAAGAAUGCAGAAAUUAAAGAAAAAAAAGAAAAAAAGAAGAAACUUAAUGUGCAAGGUUAUAGCUGGAGCAAUAAUAGUCUUCAUCAUCGUCAUACUGAUACUAGUAUGAUACCAGAGGUCUCACUGCCAAGAUUCUCAUAAUAAUCUCUAUCAGUAGUUUACACAAAACAAUGGAAAUGCCAGGAUGGAAUAAUGACAGUAUUAUCAAAAGGAUAGAUUGCUACUCACUGUAUAACAGAGAUGCUGAGUUGCAGACAGGCACAACAAAAAGACUAUUAAACAUUUAAGCUUUCAGCCAGAAGGCUUUAUUUGAGGGGGAACUCAAACACAUAUAACCACUGUCUCUGGGUGCAGGACCAGUCUGGCACAGGCAGCCAGAAGCCAGAGCCAGUGGUCGUGUGUGUGUGUGUGUGUGUGUGUGUGUGUGUGUGUGUGUGUGUGUGUGUGUGUGUGUGUGUGUGUGUUGUGUUGUCUUUUUAGAAGAAGGCCUCCUGGCCAAAAGCUUACAUGUUUAGCAAUCUUUUCGUCGUGCCUGUCUUUGAAUCAAUGUCGCUGCUAUAUGAUGAGUAGCAAUCUAUCAACAGUUUUAUAAAUAAAUGUUCACGCCUACCUGUGAUAAAUUGCCACCUAUGUAAAAGAACUUGA